AUGUCUACUCAUUCUUCUCUCAUCACAUUUCCUUUGACAACUCUCAAGUUUCAGGUUCACCGGUUUCGGUGCCAACCCAGUUGUUUCUCUAGAAGUUCAAAAACUUACCUUCCUCAUCAAGCUUUAUAUACUCGCACCACUUCAGUUAAAGCAUUGGUGGCUGACAAUAAUGAGCCUAAUGAGGUCAAGAUGCAGAUCGGGAUUGUGAAGGAGAAAUUAAAAGAAGUAUUGCCAAGUCCAGUUCAAGAAUUUCCUUGGAGAAAAGCUCAACAUACACUUCUCGACAGACUACCACUUCUUGUGCAAGAGGCGUUAAAGUGGUCACUUAUUGCAUAUUUCAUCAUUAGCUCCUUAUCUGAUGUUGCGUAUACAUUCUAUAUAAAUCGGGAACUAAUCAUUCCCGUUGGUCUCUUUGUUGGCUGCCUUAUGGCUGAUUUCUUAAAGGAGAUAUCUCUGGAAUUGUUUCAUCAAUUGGAGGAGAUUGAUUUGAAAUGGCGUCGGUUGGGAUUGUGUAGUCUUUUUGUGUUGGUCAAGUUAACGUCGACAUGGUUCUCAAUACAAUGGGGCGUGUUUCUUUUGCAUGUUGCAAAUGGUGGCCUGAUGCAGCUACUUUGGUAUUGGAGAAAUUUUAUGGAAGAUGCGAAAAACGUACGAGAAAUGAGGAAUGCUUUGGAGGCAUAA